CCCCGCCACACCCCCGAUAACACAGCAGGUAUGGACACCAGAAGAGGCAGGUACAGGUACAGGUGAGUUAUGAAGAAAAGUCCACUGCUGCGCAAACAUGCGUGAAGGAGCCGCUACUUUCUGAGGGAAUCUGUGAAUUCUACAAGUAUUAAGGGGGAGGGAUGGCUCACUGCUGAGGGUUGACGGGAAUGUUUCACCUCACACACACGGCUCACUGGCAGUUUCUGGGCCUGCUCACCGGGGUGGUGGCAUGGAUCCUCACCAUGGCAACAGCCGGCCUGAACGAGUGGCGGCUCUGGUACGUGUCCGACACCUCCAUCAUCAACUCGGGUGUGGCCUGGGUGGGCAUCUGGAGGGCGUGUUUCUACAGCCACGUCCUCUCCAGCACCGAGACCUGUCAGAGCAUCCGCUUCUCCGACGGCUUCGUUCCCGCCGAGAUCCCCGCGGCUCAGGUCCUCAUGAUCCUGGCUGCCAUCUUCGGCCUGGCGGGGAACAUAAGUGCUGCCGUGGCCAUGAGGCGGGCCUACUUCUCUGUGGAGGAACCAGGCAACAUCCGAGCCGUCUUUGUCCUAGCGGGGGCCUUGUAUCUGCUCACAGCAACCACGUCCAUGGUGCCACUGAUGUGGAACAUGAGCUCCGUGCUCAGAAACGACACCAUAGAGUUCCCCCCUGACUUCUACCUCCCCGCUGCUCCCGUCAAGCAGAGCGUGGGUGCAGCCAUCGGCGUGGGCAUCAUCGGCUCCGUCAUGAUGCUUUUAAGCGGGGUGCUGUUCCUCUGCUACCGGUAUGCGUGGCAGGCCCCUGAGAAAGCCACAGACCCCCUUCAUGGACCCUGGACGAUGACCACACUCUCCCAAAGUCCGGGGUCAUCAAGGGCGGUCAGCGAGGGCACAGACAAUCCUGCUUUCAUCACCGAAGAGGCCGAUGAAGCCCUGUGAUGCCUCUCUGCAGAACUCUUCAUGGACGCCCCAACAGAAACUGGAGUUAGGAGCAAAUUUAGGAAAUGUCCGUUCCCUAAUCCAAACUGUCUCAACGUAAGCAGAAUGAUGCUCUCUAUCUGAAAAAUAAAAAUGAUUCAAACCAGGA